UAAAGUAAAGGGAUAAACAAUUGUUUGUGGAGACACAAUAAAUGGCCAGACUGACAAGUCGAUUAAAGUCAGAAUUUUGAUUUUACUCCAGAGCAUGGAAAAAAGGUAUUUUUUUCUUAAACUUCUCUUUUUCUUCCGUAUCAUUCCUUUUCCGUAUGUAGAUAUGACGUAUCCUUGGUCUUUUCGUCUCGUGUGGUUAUAAAUAAAGUUUUUCUGCUUCUGGCCCCGCCCCGGCUCUCGGCUCCCUCCUUCCUCCUGCUCUCCCUCUGCUCGGCCGGUUACUUUCCCCUGCCACUUUUCGGUCCUGACAAAACCCAGUCCAGAAAGCGACGCAGCGCAGACGAACCCUGGAACAAAAUGGCAUCGGGUGUGACCGUGGACGAUGAGGUCAUCAGGGUGUUCAACGACAUGAAGGUGAGGAAGUCGUCGACCCAGGAUGAGGUGAAGAAGAGGAAGAAGGCCGUGUUGUUCUGCCUGAGCGACAACAAGAAGAAGAUCAUUGUGGAGGAGGGAAAGCAGAUCCAGGUGGGGGACAUCGGAGAAACCGUGGACGACCCCUACGAGUGCUUCGUCAAGCUCCUCCCCCUCAAUGACUGUCGAUACGGGCUCUACGAUGCCACCUAUGAAACCAAGGAAUCCAAGAAGGAGGACCUGGUUUUCAUUUUCUGGGCUCCAGAGAGUGCCCCCCUGAAGAGCAAGAUGAUCUACGCCAGCUCUAAAGAUGCCAUCAAAAAGAAGUUUACAGGUAUAAAACACGAGUGGCAGGUGAACGGGCUGGACGACAUCCAGGACCGCGGCACGCUGGCCGAGAAGCUGGGGGGCAACGUGGUGGUGUCUCUGGAGGGCAAGCCGCUGUGAUGCCGCCGCGGCGAGCUUAGCGGAGUCAAGCCAACUGCCGUGCCAUCAGGACCGAAGCAACCAACCCCACCUGAACACCGCCACUUCACCCAGCAGCUUGCUCUGUCUAUAUCCAUGUCUUGAAGGAGUUAGCGUCUUUAGGCCUCCUCGUUUUCUUUUUGUUUUUGGUUCUUUUGCUUUUUUUGCCCAACAUGAAGAUCUCAUUAACAUGAUUACGUGCAAACACCUCCCAGUUUGUUGCUAUGUGACUUCUGUUCACCUGGCAGAAACAAACUACACUACCAAACCCCAGGAAGGUUGUCUCUCUCUCUCUCUCUUUAUCUCUCACAGCCAGAAUUUUGCCAAAAAAAAUCAAUGAAGGAAGCACCCUCAUGUGUGGGAAGAGAACGCCACAAAGCACUGCCUCCUGCCGCACACGGGUCGCACUCAUGAUGCUUUUUACAUAUGACUUUAUUUAUUAUUCUAAACUGUUGUGUCCUCUACAUACUUUUCAUGCAGGCAGCACAUUGUGUUCGACUAUGCAUUCAGGAGAAGAUUACUAUCCAGCACUUUUUGUUGAAACACUACAGGUUGAGACAGAAAAACCCUCACAUUAAAUUUCUCUGUAUUUAUGUUCCCGAGCUAAGGUUUGUUACCUCACUUUUCAUUCGUACCAUCAUUGUAGCUGUUUGGUCGUCGCCUUACUUUCAGUUUGAAUGUAAUUGUCACAGAAGAGUUAGAGUGCACUUUUAUUUUGUAAAGAAGCACUACAGGAAGCAGAUUUGUCCCCAGCAGUGAGAGAUGACCCCCACAACAACAUCUGGAGCCUUAAAGUGGAACGUUGUUUCUGAGAUCACAGGAAGCCACUUUGCAAUAAAAGCCUGUGGCAGAUCUGAAGCCUCCUUG